AUGAUGAUUUUCAGUACCACAGAGGUAAAGUUAUCAGAUCAUAGCGUCAAAGAACUAAAGUAUAAGUUGAAUUCUAAGUAUCCCAAACGAAAGGAGAAGACUGAGGUUAAAUCUCGAAUAACAUCCCAGGAAAAUAUAAAAUAUUUUCAUUUCAUGUUCUGUAAUGACUUUGAAUGUCCCCGGCCGCUGAAAGACAUUGAAGCUCGUCUUCAAAGCCUGCUGUCAUCAGAAGGUGAAGAUACUGGCGAUGAUGAAUUAAAUGAAAAUUUUUCUGACAUCGUGAACAAAACGCUAGAUAGAUUACAAAAUAUCAUUACUGAAGAGCUCCUAGAUAUAGCUGGUAAUAAAAACGAAGCACCAUCUCAUUUCUCUGCCGAGCUUGUAACUGAAACAGAUUCAGAAAGUCAAUUAAUACAACUUGAGGGCCUAGGGAUUGAAGGUUACAAUAUGGGUGUAUUAUAG